AUGCCUCUUCGUCCUUCAUAUGCUUCCUCCUUCUACUUUACCUGCCCAACCCUCUCUCUCCGUGGACCUUCCCCCCCGCAGACUCAUCCUGAGGAUGUGCCAAUCACCAUCUCGCCAUUUCAGCCGCUUGCCAUGCACGUCGCCACGUGCUGCCUGCUACCCUCUCACAGGCGGUCAAGCACACUGCUGCCACGGGCUCCUGGUGUAGCUGUUACGGCCCACAUGCCACGGGGUACUACUGCGGCAGGAGGCACGCCCAUUGCAACGACUGGGGCACUCAAGGCUGUGCCUGCGGGGCAUGGUUGGCACGUGGAGGAUGGGGAGGGAGCAGGUGGGGAUGGCAGAAGAGGCGUGGCGGUGGGCGGGUCAGGCAGUGCGAGGGAGCUCAUCAACAGCAUGCCACGGCUGCAGCAUCUCAUAGUGAGCCCUGCAGCAUCUCAUAGUGAGCCCGGUAGCGUUCAUCAAUCAAGGGCCUGUGCUGUGCGUUUGGAGCUCCCUCUCAACAGCUCAUAUAAUUCCCUUCCACUUCCUCUCCCUCUGCCCCUCUCCUUUCUUUCCGCCGCACUCCUUUCUCUGUGCCGAUCUCCCUCCUUCCUCACCGCCCCUCUCCUUACUCACCGCCCCUCUCCUGUCUCUUCCUCCCUCUCCUCUCUCUCCCCCCCCUCUCCUCUCUCUCCCCCCCCUCUCCUCUGUCUCCCCCCCUCUCCUCUCUCUCCCCCCUCUCCUCGCUCUCCCCCCCCUUUCCUCUCUCUCCCCUCUCUCCUCGCUCUCCCCCCUUUCCUCUCUCUCCCCCCCUCGUAUUUCUCUCCCCCUUCUCCUUCCCCACCGCCCCUCGCCACAGGUCCCAGAGGCCCUCCACGCCCACCUCGCAGCAGGCCUCCCUGCAUCCAUCGCUGUGCACCUUCUCAGCACCACCAGCUGCCACCAUCGCCAUUGACCACCAUGCGCUCAUCACGCUCACUGCCAUCCGUCUUGGAACCCACUGGGGCGAUCCCUGGCACAUCUGCACUGCUGUCUCCAUCGGCCAGGGUCGGUCAAGUGGCGUCCCACACGGCGGAUGAAGUUACGCUGAGCACCGAGGAAGCUCGUGCCGCUCUCAGUGGUGCCGCUCUCAGUGGUGCCGCUCUCAGUGGUGCCGCUCCCAGUGCUGCUGAUCCCAGUGGUGCCGCUCCCAGUGCUGCUGCUCGCAGUGCUACCGCCGCUUAUGCUAGAUCCGCCGCCCGACACAAUGAUGGAGCCUCCAGUGCCGCCAGCGUUCCCGGUGCUGCCCAUGCUGACGGAGCCGGAGCUGCUGCCAGUACUGCUGUUGCGGCUGUCGGGGACGGUGCUUACAUCUCCGAUAACGAGAGCUUCGUCAGGACUGACCGUGCUGCCGCCGCCGCUGCUGCCCGUGGUGCUGCCCCUGGUGGUGACCGUUUGGGACAGGAGGCCGUCGCUCGCAUCCAGGAGCUCUCGCCGCACGGCGCCGCCCGCUGCGCAGCAGAGGGAGAACGAGAGCACUGCUGCCAAGGGGAGGGGUUUGCAGGAGUCAGUGUAGCGAAGCAUGGGGGAGUCAGUGUAGCGAAGCAUGGGGGAGUCAGUGUAGCGAAGCAUGGGGGAGUCAGUGUAGCGAAGGGGGAAACAGGGAAGUGCGGAGGAGAUUUGGGCAGGCCCACGUGUGGGGUUAUCGAUGAUGCACUCCCGCCCGCGCGCGAUACCUCGUCCGCGGAAGACUCAUCAUGA